GAUAGAUAUACUAGAAUUAUUAGAAAAUGUCAAAAUCGAUGUAAAUACUUGUGAGGAAAAUAGUACGCAGUUCCUCCUUAAAUUUUAUCUCAUAAACGAUUUAUUGUUACUUAUUGUGAGCUUUUUCUACUGAAAAUGGAAAAUCUGCGCUUAUACCUGGGCACCUACAAUGUGGGCACUAGCACACCUGAUGUGAAACUGAACUCGUUAUUAGGUUUGCCUGAUGACCACAAAAAUGACAAAUUCCAACCACCAGAUCUUUACAUUUUGAGUUUUCAAGAAGUGAAAGCUCAGCCUCAAAAUAUGCUUCUUGACGCUCUGUUUGACGACCCAUGGACUUAUGCRUGCAAYGAACUGCUUGACACCUUUAAUUACGUUAAAAUUAAGUCAGUUAGGCUUCAGGGUUUGUUGCUCAAUGUUUAUUGCCUCAGGAAACACCUUCUCAAUGUUAGGGAAAUUGAGUCUGAGUAUACGAGGACGGGGUUAUCAGGAAUGUGGGGUAACAAAGGUGCAGUUAGUGUUAGACUCAGUAUUUAUGGCUGCUCAUUAUGUUUUGUGAACUCCCACCUCAGCGCCCACGAUAAUCAGCUCAAGGAUCGCGUUGAGGAUUACAACAAUAUUAUUAAAGAUCAAGAGUUUCACGUUGACGAAACCACUGAAAUAUUUUUUCAUGAUUAUGUAUUUUGGAUGGGCGAUCUUAAUUUUAGACUGUUAGAAGAGUAUGAGCAGACUCCUGAAGAGAUUGAAAGGGAUAUUGCAAAAAAUGAGUUAAAGAAGCUUUUUACUUUUGAUCAGUUGAGAUAUGUUAUGAGGAAAGGGGAAGCUUUUAGCGAACUUGAAGAAAAAGAUCCAGAAUUUCCACCAACUUUUAAAUUUGAAGUGGGAACCAACAAAUACGACUACAAGCGUCGACCAGCAUGGUGCGAUCGAAUUCUGUACAGCGUAAACCCUCACAACUACGAAAACGUUACCCUCAAAGUCGACCAAUUGUCCUACAAACAUCAUCCUUCAUAUCAACUCAGCGACCACAAACCGGUCACAGCCGAGUUCAAUAUUAAGAUCCCAGCUAAACAUUUGAAGCUUUCAACGCGUGUCUCCGUUGACCAGGUCUUUUCAGAUUAUUCUGAACGAAUUGUUGAGUUCGAUAAGAUUGUCAGUUGGAAUCAAGAUGAGGAGAACAAGGCGAAAUAUAAGAUCACCAAGGAUAUUCCGGCUACUAAGGACGACUGGAUUGGAUUAUUUAAAGAUAAUUUCAGUGGUCUGGACGAUUACGUGACUUAUGAGUAUGUGAGUAAAUGCGCCUCGCCGACGCCUGAGAAGAAGAGUCCAACUGGAAGUUCAUCUAAGAAUGAACAGAAAUACGAAAUUACGUUUUCGGAAUUACCGAAUCGAUGUAGAGGCAAUUAUUGCUUGGUUUAUUUCAGCCAGUCUGAAGAUAAAGUCAUUAGUGUGUUGGGAAUCAGCAAUAGUUUCCCUAUCGUCAAGAAUGAUAGCGACUAGAAAAUGGCCUUUUUAAUUGUUAUUUAGUUUUAUUUUCCUACUUUGAAAUUUUAUUUUUGUUAAGUAAUUGUGCCUUGUACAACUUUCCAUUUUUGUUAUGAAAGGGAGUAUCCUGUUGUUUUUAUUGUAACGCUGUGAACAAGUUUUUAUAUUUUUAUGCCAGAGGUAGUCGAAAAAACACUUUUUCAACCUCCACAAUUCAAGAUACCUUACCUACAAUAGUAUUUGUCAAAACUGAGCCUUUAUUAUGUGAUACGUAUUUAGGCGACCAUUGUUUUACUGAAUUACGUUUUAUAUGAAAUACAAAACUAUAAAAUAAAACGAAAGUUGCGUUUUAUAGUAUUUGGCUAUUGAGUUAUUAUACAGGGUCGCAAAAAAGUACAUACUUUAAAUUUCCACUCUGAUUUCUUUCUAGUAGAUUAAUUUGAUUUUGAAGAGCAUUUUUUAUUCAGACAUGCAACACAUUUGAAUUAAAUUGAAAAGAAAUUUAAAAAGUAGUGUUUUUUUUAUAAAUGAUGUUCAAGAUGCCUCUCCUGUAUAUUUUUUAUGGAAUUUUAAACUCUCUGUUUGUGAAAUGUGAUUUAAUAUCUGUGGUGUACUAAUUAGAAGCUAGGAAUGUAGCAAAAUAUUCAACUUUUAAAUUAGGACUAACACCAAUUAGAAGAAAUGAUGAAACUUAAACAUGACAUGAUAUUUUAUUUAGGCAAUGUUCUCAUCUAUCGCUUAUUAAGAUAAUUACUCUACAACAAUGUAAUCACCUUACUAUAAAUUCGGAGUUCUACUUAAGUAUUUAAGUCACAAAAAUGGUAACUCACUCUCUAAAGUAUAAUUCUGUGGCCAGGAGGUCCAGCAUUUAAAUAUUUUUAAAUUAAAUUGUGUAUAUUUUCUGUGAUAGUUUUUAUUUUCGCAGAUCGUUUGCUGAAGCAGCUGUAUUAAACAUUAAAGUCUGAAUUAGAUGCUUAUUGUACAGUGAUAGAUGUUUAUGCAAAAUUGUUGUAUACUUCAAAUACAUUUAAAGGCUUUUGAGGGAAAAAUAAACUAUAUUCUCCUAAA